GAUGACAAGGGAUUCAUAUGUCAACAAUGUGGACGUCUUAAGAGCAAAGAAGAGAUUAUUGAGAUGGAAUGUGAAAUGAAAUCAUUGCAGCAAAAGGCUAUUAUGGCUUUAGAAUCUUCACCCUCUAUCACUUACCACAAUGUAAUAGCAAUCUUGAAGGCAAUAUAGACAAUCCAGAGGUAUCUGUAUCAUGAUUUCUGCAUCUAUUUGAUCCCAACUUGGGAGGAGCUUAUAAAGCAUUUGAUGAAGGUAGAAGACUGGAGUGAAGCUCUAGCAUAUUGCAGAUUGACUAUUCCAGUGUAUCAAAGAGUAUAUCCUGGCUUUCAUCCUUCUCUUGGAUUGCAAUAUUAUACCUGUGGAAAGCUCGAAUGGUUACUUGGAGAAACCGAUGAUGCUGUGAAAUCUCUGACCAAGGCAGUAGAUAUACUGCGGAUUACUCAUGGGACAAGUACCCCAUUUAUGAAGGACCUAUUUAGGAGGUUGGAGGAGGCACGCGCUGAAGCUUUCAUCAGUGGAGUAUAGUAGUCUAGUCUGUCACUUGCAUUAACUUGCUAGCCUUUUAGGGUAUUUUGUUGAACGUGCACUAUGUCUUACUAAUAUUACCUCUACUGAUGAAAUGGAUCAGUUUCUGUUGGUUCAUCAAUGGAGUAGAUUAUGACAGACUAGUCACUCAGAUUAACUAGCUUACCUUUUAGGAUAUAUUUUGGAACGUUGCACUAUGCAUUACUAAUAUUACCACAACUGAUGAAAUGUAUCAGAUUCUGUUUGUCUAUGUCAUUGUCAAAAGGGACGCAUGGAUGAGGAAAGGGUAUAUCAUGUUACAAGAGUUUUAUAUCGUGUUUAGAUUAAUGGGGAUAGUCUGAAUUAGAUUAUUUUUGUUCAGUUUCCUAGUUGGACUGUUAUAUACUAAUAUAGUUCUUUUCCUCUCAGGUUUUGGUUAACCUCUUUGGGUUGGAUUCCUUCUCCUACGCUCUAUGUUCUCCAUAUAAACCAUGAGUAUUAAGGUCCUUCGCAAAAAGAUUGUUCUUCAGAGCACAAAUGUGGCCAGAAAAAGGCAAACGUUCAACAAGAAUACGUAGAAGAUCAACAGUUUCAUGUUACUUUCAACAUGACUGUUACUUUCAGCCGGAAAUAAUAUUUGAGAUCCUUACACGCCUCCCGCCGGAGUCUUUGGUGAAGUUCAUGUGUGUUUGUAAAGAUUGGAAUUCUAUUAUUCGGAGCCAAAAAUUCAUCAGGGCCCAGCACGAUCGCUCCAUGAAGGCGAACAGUCGAACUAUUCUAGUCUUAAACUCGAACGCCCCCACUCGAAGUGAAGCUUCAUUGGUUUAUUUUGAUACAUUAAUUCCACAUACAGUGAGAGUAAAGCAACCAUUGAACAAACUUGCUGGAAUGACUUCAGUGGCGGGAUACAGUAACGGUCUGGUUUGCAUUAUGAGGGCCGGUGAGCACUUAGUAGUAUGGAAUCCCUCAAUCCGAAGAUUCAAGCAAAUUCCCUUCGAGCAGCCGGCCGGGGCUGGGAAACGUUACUACGGGUUUGGCUACGAUUCCACCGAUGAUGACUAUAAAUUGGUGAGAGUGGUGGUGUUUGGAUUCGAUGGAGUGAGUUCGGAAGUGAAAAUUUAUAGUCUAAAAUCAAACUCAUGGAAAAAGAUCCAAGGCUUGCCUCGCAUUGAGGAUUUUGGAAUGCUUUCACUACGUCUAUCCUCUUGGAAUGGUGUUCUACAUUGGUUGAUGUGUCACAAGUUAGACGAGCAGACGCAUAGACUUGUGACUCUUGAUCUCGCAACUGAGAGGUAUGACGAGCUUCCAAUCCCACAUUACAACGAUGGUCCGCAAUUGACGUUGGGGGUCUUGGGAGAAGAAUAUCUAUAUGUUUCACUACAUUACCGACCGGAAGCAGAGUCGAUUUUAAAUAGUCGAAAUGACGUUUGGAUUAUGAAGGAAUACGGAGUUGCAACAUCUUGGACUAAGUUAUAUACUUUUGCGCUGGAGGAUAUGCCUCAGACACCCGAAUAUAAACGGUUAGCAUUUAAGUCGUAUAGACAUUGCAAACCAUUGUUAUUUUCGGAGACGGGUGAAAAGGUUCUUUUGCAUGUAGACUCGGACACGCUUUACUGGUAUGAUUGUGAGACGAAGGAAACAAAACGAGUUCACAUCAAUGGCGAGCCGUCUUGCUAUUCUACUGCUAUUUGGAAGGGAAACUUUCUUCUCAGUGAUGGUGAUCCUGUGUAACUUGUUCUUGAUUUCUCACAUGUUGACCUUUGUUAGUUUCCGAGUAGUAUUAUGAGGGUUUUCUUGAACUGUA